AAGAAAACCCAAAUAAUGGAUGGGGAAGGGAUGGCCUUUGCCCUUUGGACAGUGCAGAGAAAGAGAGAGAGAGAGAGAGAGAGAGAGAGAGAGAGAGGCCUGAGGAGGGCAUGGAGAAUCCCAAUGUACAGAGGCAGACAGCAGAGUGGAGACCAAAUAAAUUAGUGUUGCUCAUCUCACCAUACUUCUCUUUCCCCUGAGCUUCAUCAAAUCUUAUGAUUGUUUAUUUCUCAAUCUCCAUCUUCCUCCAUGUCGUCCUCCCUACCCUACUACACCACCAAAUUCACUCCCCCUAACUCCAUCUCUCUACCAGUUCUUCUGCUUCUUUCCUUGUGAUGUGAGUGUCACCUGGGUUAGAAGUAGCAGGGGGCUAUGAUCUGAAAAGAGAGCCAUAAACAAUUGAAUACAGCCCACUUUUUUUUUUUCCUUAAAUAAUCUUUAUAGGGUUAUUAGAUCGGAAGCUGUUAGGGUGUGAUGAGAGAAGAGAAGACUGAAAUGUCGGAAGACGAAGACAGAACGGUGGAUCUUGGUGGUGGCGGCAGCGAUGGCGAUGGCGUAGCCGAUGAGGCAUCGUCCAGCAAUAUUUGGACUUGCCCCUCGCCUACCCCAGAUCAAGUCCUCGAGAUCGUUCUCGAGAACGUGCUUCUCUUUCUUACAUCUCGCCGCGACCGCAACGCUGUCUCCCUCGUCUGCAAGUCCUGGUACAAGGCCGAGGCGCUCACUCGGUAUGAGCUCUUUAUCGGAAACUGUUACGCCGUGUCGCCUCGCAGGGCGAUCGAGAGGUUUCAAAAGGUGAGGUCUUUGAUGCUCAAAGGGAAGCCACGUUUCGCUGAUUUCAAUUUGGUGCCUCAGAAUUGGGGUGCUCACUUCUUGCCCUGGGUUUCUACCAUGACCACUGCUUAUCCGUGGUUGGAAAAGGUUUACUUGAAGCGUAUGUCUGUCACUGAUGACGAUUUGACCCUUCUCGCUAAAUCCUUUCCUGGUUUUAAGGAGCUCGUGCUCGUUUGUUGUGAAGGGUUCGGCACCAGCGGCCUUGCUGCCGUGGCCAGUGAGUGCAGACAGCUUCGUGUGCUUGAUCUGAUUGAGGAUGAUGUUAUGGAGGAUGAUGAAGUUGACUGGAUAUCCUGUUUCCCGGAGGCUGGGACAUGUCUUGAAUCUCUCGUAUUUGACUGUGUCGAGGGCCCUGUGAACUUUGAAGCAUUGGAACAACUGGUGGCUAGGACUCCUUCAUUGAGGAGGCUUAAGUUGAAUCAACAUGUCUCCCUUGGGCAACUCCGUCGCCUGAUGGUCCGAGCUCCACAGCUCACUCAUCUCGGAACAGGGUCUUUCAGCUUGUCAGAGAACCCAGCACAAGAAGAUCAAGAAGCAAAUAUCUCCGAGGCUUUUACUAAAUGCAAAUCCCUGGUCUGUCUCUCAGGAUUCAGGGACAUUGUGCUAGAUUAUCUCCCCACAAUUCAUCCAGUCUGUGCUAAACUCACCUCGCUCAAUCUGAGUUAUGCCAACAUCAAUGCGGAACAACUCAAAUCAGUUAUCUGUCACUGCCAUAAGCUUCAGAUCUUUUGGGUCCUUGACUCUGUACGUGAUGAAGGGCUUCAGGCUGUAGCCGCAACUUGCAAGGAACUCCGUGAGCUUCGAGUCUUCCCCAUGGAUGCCCGUGAAGAUGGUGAAGUAUUUGUUUCUGAAGUGGGCCUUCUUGCAAUUUCUCAAGGCUGUAGGAAGCUGCGAUCCAUAUUAUAUUUCUGCCAGGAAAUGAGCAAUGCAGCUGUGGUGGCUAUGUCACAGAACUGUCCUGACCUUGUGGUUUUCCGUCUCUGUAUUAUGGGGCGCCACCGGCCUGACCAUGUGACUGGCGAGCCCAUGGAUGAAGGGUUUGGAGCCAUUGUAAUGAACUGUAAGAAGCUCACAAGACUUGCUGUAUCUGGUUUACUCACUGACAAUGCAUUCAGUUACAUUGGCAGGUAUGGGAAAUUGGUCCGAACCCUGUCCGUUGCAUUUGCGGGAAACAGUGAUAUGGGGUUGAGGUAUGUGCUUGAGGGUUGCCCUAAAUUGCAGAAGCUUGAGAUCAGAGACAGUCCAUUUGGGGAUUCAGCAUUACUUUCUGGUUUGCACCACUAUUACAACAUGAGGUUCUUGUGGAUGUCUUCAUGUAACCUGUCUCUUGAAGGUUGUAAAGAGGUUGCCCGGAGGAUGCCUCACCUGGUGGUUGAAGUUAUUAGGGACAUGGAGGAAGUGGAUACUGUGGAUGAUGCAGUUGAGAAGCUAUAUAUGUACCGCUGCCUUGAAGAGCAUAGGCGUGAUGCACCAUCAUCUGUGACGAUCUUGUAGGCUAGUGAGAAGGAUAUAACAUCUGUUACGAAUGGACAUGGAUUGCCGCAGGACGACUUAUAUUCAUUCCAGCUCUUCUGAAGAAAUUUAUAUUGUGGGUACCUUUUAAAACCCACAAUUGGGUGCAGGAGCUACUUGUUAAAAGAUGUUAACACGCCUAUCGUUUUUUUUCCUCCACUGGCCGGUCUGAAUGGCAUUUGAAGCAGAAACCUGUUUGAGGAUAGCAUGUAGUCAUUGCUAAGUACCCUCUCACAGGAUCGUGAAAUAGUAAUUAAUGUUGGCGAUGGAUGUUUCUGUAAGGUGGGUUUGCUCAUCCGAUGUUGUAUUUGUAAGUGAUCGAUUUUAAUGAUUCUCUAUUUUCCAUAAAAGAGAUGAGGGGCAGGAAUCAUCCUCAUCAGAUAUUGGAGGAUGUAGGCUUGAAUUUUCCUAUUGGUUCAAAAUCGGAGGUCAGUAUGUUCAUCUACGAUGAAGAAUCUGAUAGAUUAAGAAAGGUGAAAAUUGGGAACAUUUUAAUUUUCAAAUGCUUUAUGUAGGAUUCUAUCUGAAUGAAGGCUCAGUCAUCUUUCUUCAAAUGGUAGUUGACUUAAAUCUGAUACUGCUGAUUAUUAGACGUCAGGGGAAAUGCCCAGAAACUGUUGCAAGAAAACUGAAGAAAGAUUGAUUUCUCUUCCCAUUUCAUUCUUUCCCAAUGUUUGUUUGGUUUUCUCAAAGUGGUUAUAGCUGAUUAUUUAAUUUAUCAUCAA